AUGGAGUUAAUGCAUUUUGGAGGACUUUAUACGCCAGGUGAUGACUGGACUUCUAUGCAGAGCAAAAUCAAAAAAGAGUGCGAUAAAAUGAGCAUUGUUUAUGAUCAUAAAGACAAUCACAAGGUUGGAGGGAAGAAUCCUUUGGCAGUUUCAAAAGGACAGUUUUGCGCCAUGUUUUAUCACGUUACCGAGAGAAAGAGAGAUAAAAUUAGCUUUAAAUGCUUGAAAAAGUUGAAGUGUCGGGUUCUUUUUUUUUUUUUUACAGUCUUUAAUCUUUAAUCACAGUUCGUAACCAUACAUAACUGAUACAAAUGAACUAAUACUAACAUAUACAAUCGAACAAAAAUACAAAAAUGGUUAACAGGACGGUAGUAGGGGGAAACCAAAUUCCCAUGCUAAGACAUACAUUGCAAAAAAGAAAAAAAAGAAAAAAUAAUAAUUAAUUAAUAUAUAAACAUAUAUUAAAAGACUAUAAAUUAGACUAUAAAUUAUAAACCUAGAUGCCUAAUAAUAAUGCAUAAACUUAUAUUAAAGACACUAUGCCUAAUAUUUUAAGGUAAAUUAUGAGCGAAGGUACUUAAUCAGUGAAACUUUAAAAGACAGAAGGCUAGGAGAUGACAUUACUUCAGAAGGCAAAGAGUUCCAAUCAUUAAUAUAUCUAUGAAAAAAUGAAUAUUUAAAAUAAUUUGUACGGGCAACUUUAGGCCUUAUUUUAUACUCAUGCUUACUUCUAGUUCGAGUUAUUCCAAUAAUAUCAAAGUAAUGAUGGCAAUUGAUAUCACAGUAACCAAAUAUAAUCUUAUACGUUUGAACUAGGCUAAGAUAUUUCCGUCUCAGUUCUAAAGAGUCCCAUUUUAACUCUAAAAGUCUUUCAGGAUAUUCUUUGUCGGGGCCACAUAUUAGUCGGGACGCUCUUCUCUGAAUUGCUUCGAUUGCCUUGGUGUGUUUCACCAGAUAAGGAUUCCAGACUGGGCAGGCGUACUCGAGGAUAGGUAUCACUAGCGCCUUAAGAGGCAGUCUCCCUAAAAGCGGUCCACUCGAUUUCGCGACAAAAAAUACUUUUCCUUUAUUUUUUGUCGGUGAAGAGGCUUUAGUAGGUGUAUACUAAAAUCGCUAUUUUCGUUUUCAAAUUCUUAUUCUUAGCUCUGCUACAAGCCAAAAACGAAUUGAGUCCGUCUCGGCUUCUCAGAGAGUGUUUCGAAGACUAAAAUUGAUGGAUUUUGAAAAGCGCGUUGUAAACAACCGAAUGCCCGCACAAAAAAUCUGUUCGAUUCAGUUUUUUUAGUUAACCUUCGAUAGUUCACAGGCUAAAUAAAAAUAUCUUUGAUCAAAACGUGUUCAAGUUACAGUGGUUCAAAGAAUACCUAUUUUGCAGGCUUGAUCGAAACCUUGAAAGUAAGGAAGAUUUGAGGCAAAAUAUCUCAAAAGUUGCGGCCUAAAUCUGGUUUAAAAAUCAUAUCAAAGUAAAGUUUUAAGCUUAUUUUUUUGGUUUAUAGGCUCAGACUUGCGGGUAUCUUCUGGGAUUGCAACCAACAGUAGAUUAUAAUCUGCCAUUUUGCGUAUUUGCAUAAUUACAGGCCGUGUCAGAUGUCAUGAUUGUACAGGUUAAAAGUUCCAUGAAAUUGCCUCUUUUGACACUUGAAUUCGUCUCUGGCCUCUAAAAGAAAGUAAUUAAGCUUCUUUAAGUACUUUUGAAUCGAAAGAGAUAUACUAACAGGGAUGGUCAUGCAUGUUACUGAUUACCACGAUCAACUGGCGGGCGCCAUCGUCUUGUAACUACCUGCACUGAACAGUAAACAAUGUUUUUAAUAGAAUUCUCUAGAUCAGAAGUUGAUCCAAGCUCUCUAAGUAAUGAAACUAAAUAUCACUACCCCGGGAUACAAAACAUGCACAAGAAAGGCAACGUAGAAUUUUAAGUUCUUUCCGCAAUUUCAGAGUGAAUUUCACCGCGGUGCAUAUAAAAGUCCAUGAAUUAUUGUAAUAAUCAGGCUGUUUAAAAACGUUUGACGCACAACAAAAGCAAUUAGUCAUUUACCGUUUUACCCGUUCUCGAUAAAUAAGACGCUUACCUUUACUUUAGAUUCUUGAUGGAAGAAGUCUAUCCAGGCAGCUGAAGUUAGGCAGUUUCGUUUCAAAAUCAAAUCAUAGCGUGAUACAACCUCGUCCCCAGGGUCUUCUCACUUUCCAAUAUGGCGGCGGCAGGAGAGAAGACCCUGGCACACAGCAGAAAUCACGUGACUGAUUUGUCCACGGAGAGUGGAAAUUUAUUCAAAAUGGCGGCCAAGAUAAAGAGUGAGAGGAUCUGGGUACGAGGUCUUGAGACUGGUGAAAAACAAACAAAAUGGCGGCAAAGGCAGAACUCAAAAGAAGCUAAAAAUAUGAAAGAAUACACUUACAAGCCACAGGAAUACGGUAGAAUGAUAUAGCGAUCUUAUUUUCUGUUCAAUGACCUUCAUUUGUUUGAAGCCUGAAAGUUCUAGCGCACACGGCUGUCUACAACUUAAUUUCUCGGUACCGACCUUUUUUCACCGUUUUCUUUUUUUGCCGUACCCUGAGCGCCAGAGGUUCAGGUUUCUUCUUUCGUGAAAGGGGGAGCUUUUUCUAACCGUGAGCGCAAUUUAUUUCUUCAUGUUAGGAAUUUCGAGAACAGACCUCUGAAGCCAGGGAAUUUUCUGUCAUGACGCUCUAAGACCUCUUCCGCUCCGAAAUUCAACUAAGCAUUAAAUUGAGUCGCAGACACUUUAAGCUGAUAAGUUAUCGUCAGUUUUGUUACAGAUCUUCAUGAGGUUUUUGACUGUUGUUUUUCUAUCUGCACAAAUUUUAACUGAACUCUGAUAUGUAAAAAAACAAUUUUUUUUUCUGAAAACAAGAACCAGAGAACACUAUUUUGUUAAUAUAAUUUGAGGAAACUUUGGUUGAAAAUUAAACAGUUCCUUGGUCAGUUUGGAUAUUUUGUCACUUGAACUGGUACAGGUAAUAAAAUUAUUGUCAAUCUUCAUCUACUUCACAGUUUUUAGACUUUGUUAUUGGCUUUUGAUAUUUAACCCCGUUCACAGUGCUUCCGGGCAAUAGAGAUAGGGGGCCUUAUUUAAUCUAGCAAAGACGGUGGUAUUAGUUCCCCCCAAGUGAAAAAGCCCAAGUACAAGAAGGUUGGAGGUCAAGCAGCCGAGGAGCAAAAACAAAUCCGAACUUCCAGUUGGUGAAUAAAUCAUCCUGGAUCGGUCCACAGAAAGCUUUACAGUUUUCAUUGAUUUAUACAGUCUCUUAUUUAUUAGUGAAGAAUAAGAAAAGGGGGAAAGGUGGGAUGGGGGUUUAAAAAAGACGGGGGCUUAUUGUUAAAACUUUCUUUCACUGAAAAGGAGGGCUUAUUUGAGAGAGGAGGCCUUAAUAGAGGAUUUAAGAUGUUGUUAUUAUUGUUUUUUUUUUGCCUCUCAGAUGUAAAAAAAAGCAUUAAACCCGCUUUAAUAGCUAGCAAAAGGUGAAGAGUGUUUCCAUUGUUUCUAAUAUAGCAAUCCAAAAUGUAUUCUCCACUUUGAAAUAGAUUUGAUUUUCAGAGCAAAAACUUUCUUAAUCCCUGACUUUGGUUUAUUUGACAUAUUACUUGGGGCUGCACUUUGCCAUGUCAAUGUGCAAAUUGACUAAAGGCUAGACUCCAGUUGUUCAAAAAUUUGAUAGUCCCAUCUGAGUCAUGUGCGCAGUAAAAGUUCCUCUCUCAUUUGGAGAUAAUAGAUGUUUUAAGUCAAACAUGCUUUGCUCGUCAGAUGGGCCCUUUCGUACUCUAAUUGAGACAUGACUUGGUAUUGGUGUGCUGAUUAUCGAUCAUAAUUUAUAAAGCAUCAGAAACCUAAAGCAAAGUGAGUAUUGCUUAUACAAAUGUUCAGUUGAUUGUUGUGGAAAAUUCACAAAAACAUUGUUGACAAAUAAGGAUAUUAAUUCACCUGUGUUGUCUUUUUGAUGGGGUCUUAAUUUAGUUUAUAUGAUGUUUAGUUGGUUUAACUAUGUGACAGAUAAGCCUUCUUACAAAAUUAUUUUCAGUGUUGAAAGUGGCACACAGGGGGCACAAACUGUAAUCCACUAUAAUCGAUUAUCAGUUUAAUAGUUGGGUUAAUCUGAUUAUUUCUGACGAUAUGAUUAUAAUACAGACACUAUUACUAAGACUAACCAACACCUUAAAGUAGACUUGGAAAGUAUUUAAGCCAGCACAUCUAACAGCUGCAACCUCACACCGCAACACCUAAACAAGCUAAAAGUCUUGCCUUGUCCCUGUGUGGCAUUUUCCAAGGCCUUAAUUCUUGGUCAAUUCAUUUCGGUGACUUAUCUUAGGCAAACUGGAGGGAAACUGUUUCACUAUUUCGCUUGGGACCACGUGAUCUAAAACUCAUUGGCCAUGACUAGGCAACUAAAACCUCACUAUGCUAAUGGGGACUCUGGCACAACACACUUCAAAAGCCUUUGCAUCCCGACAUGAAAAAUCCCAUGAUCGAGAUGCUCCAGGCCCCUUCCGCUCUUGUUUAUUCAGUGGAUAGUGAUAUAUGCACCCUUUGAAGUAGUUUAUUUUUUUAAAUCCGAGUUUUAGAACUGAAUUAUAGCUGCUUCACAAUCAUACCCAGCUGGUGUUGGAAUACUACAGUACCAGCCACUUUUUCACCUGGUCCACAAACCCCCUUUUCAAGGAUAUAGUGACAAGAACAACAUGCACACUUAGCCUACAGUAAUUAGAAGCUCAAUUGACAGGUUUUAGUUUGACAGAAAACGUAUUUAUCUUGGGGUCACUGUCACCCCAUGUCUGGAAUCUGGGAAAUUUUUCUCUUGGAAUCUGGAAUAAAGGUCGGCCUAAAGUACUCUGGAUCCCACUUAUAACUGGAAUCCGGAAUCCAUGUUCCACUGACAGAGAAUCCAGAAUGCAGUAUCCAUGGCGCAAAAUUGAGAAUCCAAGACUGUCAGAUUUCCUUGAAUGUGCUGAUCACUGUUUUCAACUUGAUAAAAUAAAAGACAUCAUGUGCUUUCAUUUAUUUUAUUUUUGCAACUAGAAAGAAAUCCCACAAGCUUCAAUACAUCAAUAGGUAAGUUUUUCAUUUCUGAGAAAGGAAACAGUUUAUUUUCCCAAUGUUUCUGUAUUUAGCUGUAUUUUACUGCCAAUGAAAUGAGCAAAUAAUAAUAAAUCAUCAUUAUUGUGACACUAAAAACUGAAUAAAUGAAAAGUCAGGAUUAAAAAUAUCAAAUGAUAGCGACACUAUGUUUGGCUUCAAUUUUUAGUUUUGUUUCGACAUCUGCCUCUCUCGCUCCUCGUCCCCCUUCAAAAUCACUGUGGAAAAAUUAAAAGAAGGCCAGGUUAGGCCCAUGAAUGUUACGAUCAAAUGAAAAGAAUGUUUCACUUGACAAAAAACUGCUGAGACAAAGCGCAGAUUAUGCAAGAUUUCCGUAUAACCCCAUACAUUAAUAAUAUUAUGCAUACAGCUUUUGUUCAAAGAAAACAAAAGGCAGAACAAUACUACACCUUUGCAACGGGCAGCUAAACUUAUUGAUAAGCUGAAGCCUUGCAAGUAUUCUUUCACAAGUCGGGAAUUAAAGAAACAAAUCUUUAGUAAUUUUCGGAACACACAAACCAGAAAUACCUCUACGCGUUAUAAUAUUCCCAGCGAUUACCAGAUAUCACUAUAUUCGAAUCUUUGCCUUCCAACGGUACAGUCACAGUUUUCCGAACAAUCAGACCUGAAUUCUGUCCACCUUUUAGGUCUCAAACACUGAAGAAAGCACUUCUCAGCCUCUACGAAGCCCUCAAAGGUUAACCAUCUUUGUUUUGGAAGGAAUAAACCAAUGAGAGCGCACGUAUGAACGCGCUAUGGAAUGCACCAAUCAGCGAUCGUUUUAGUUCGCUGUGUGCCAGGGUCUUCUCUCCUGCCGCCGCCAUAUUGGAAAGUGAGAAGACCCUGGGGACGAGGUUGAGCGUGAUAGUGUCACGUAAUGUUAUGGUCACGUGGCUACGUAACCCGUCGGCGGCCAAAAUCUUUGUGAUAACGAAAUUUCUGCUUCUCUCUCUCGAAAAAAAGCCCUAAUUGAAUGAGUUUUUCCUCCUUAAGUUGCACAAAAUGCAUAUCACACCAUGGAAUUUGUAUUGGUAGUGAACCAUUAUUUUCACGGCAUGGACUCCGCCCUUCCAUAUUUUCAGGCCCGGCCCGCAUAGGAGGGGUGAGGGUGGGGGACGGUGGGAUACCAAUAUACCCGCUUUUGUCCUCAUAAGAUACCAAUAUAGCUACAGAUUUGUAAAACGUUUGAUACCGAAUGCCUGAAAUUACCUUGAAAAAGAAUACUAUAUACCUAAAUAAGGUAUUUCAGGACUGAGACAGACCGUCCAACCUAUUUUAUUUAUCCCAGAAUAUAGUAUCAGCGUCCAAGGACAAGGAGCGAGCCGCUACGGGCGGGGUAAGGCGGCAUGCUCCCCCAGAGACGCCAUUUCUAUAGUGUUCUUAGCCUACGUAGCAGGCCCUUGAAAGUAGUGAACGCAAGAAAGAACGGGUGUCUCCGCGUGUCUCUCUCUCGCGCGCCCGUUCUUUCUUGCACCCACUACUUCCAAGCGCCUGCUACGCAGGCUAUGUGUUCUGACAAGGUCCUGCCUUUGUUUAUAAUGCUCAUACAGAGCCCACUGCGCCUGUCCUCAACUCUAACGACUCUAGGAAAUUGUAAAGCUUCCGAAGGUACAUUAUCCUUAAAGCUCGCAUUUGGACCCGCUCUAUUGUACUAGGCAGAUGGGCAGGAAGGGCGUUAUAUCAAGCCACGCAACAUUGUACUCCAGGACGGAACGUAAGACAGCGACGCAGAUAGCCGCAAGGUCCAUUGCACCAAUUUCCUGGGCAACUCCCCCCCCCCCGUCAACCUGUAAUCAAAGAUCAUUUAUCUAUUUAUUUUAUUUGGCACUAAAAUUCCGUAAACCUGAACAAAAUCUAGCCGAGAUACCCGAAAACCAAAAACCCCCGGCCAGACCUCUCUCCUUCAGAACGUCAAAAUCACGUAACCCGGAUGUCAAGAAGACGUCACAUUAAAAUACUCUACAUGGAAACUACAAGACUCCCUGUAGGUGCAUUUUUAAAGACUAUUACAUCCGUUCUUUGGAAACGUUUUUGUCGUACUAACUAUUUUGGCUUCUUAUAUGGGACAUUCUAAGUUGACAGCAUAAGGGAUUAGAGACCAGGUAGCACAGGCCACCCCACCAGGUUCCUAAUCUCAAUUGUUGCACAUGCGAUUUCACUUCUUCAAGCAACAAACUUGAAAAUAGGAAUCAAAUUUUGCUCUAAAAAUUAUGCUUUGCCAAGCCCAAGAAAUGAAUUCACAUGUGCAACAAUUACAAUUAGCGACCUGGCAGGUUGGGGCAAAAGGGUCGGUAGGUCACCUCUCUAAUUCUUUAUACUGUACGUGAAUGUUAGAAUUGUACCAUAUAAGAGGCCAAAAUAGUCAUUACAAGAAACUGGUUUGAAAUGAACGGAUAAAAGAGGGUUCAAAAAA